AUGUAUUUAAAGAGACUGUAUAUCAGUAACAAUGUUGUUCAUUAUACUUUAUAUUAUAUUUGCUCUAGUAAUAUUUAACGUGAUCUUGAAAAUUUACGUAAAAUUUAAUACUAUGUCGUGUAAGAACAAGGUAUGUCUUGUAGGAAAAACGGUUAUAGUUACAGGAUCAAAUACAGGUAUUGGGUAUGAAACUGCGUUAGAGUGCGCUAAAAGAGGAGCACGAGUCAUUGUUGCAUGUAGGGAUCAUCAUAAAGGAACUGUAGCUGUUCAAAAUAUAAAAACUCUAACACAAAAUCAGAACGUGGUUCUUAAAAUUGUAGAUUUAGGUUCACUAACGUCUGUUAAGAACUUUGCUACUAAUAUUUUACAAACAGAGGAAAAACUCGAUAUUCUUAUAAAUAACGCUGGAACUCUAAUGCUUGGCGAUCAGUUGACUGAAGAUGGUUUUCAGUUAGAGAUGCAAAUCAAUUACUUUGGACCAGUUUUAUUAACGCUUAUGUUAGUCAAUUUAUUAAAAAAAUCCACAGCUAGUAGAAUAAUAAACGUCGCUUCGGAGGGAGCUAAAUAUGCUAGGCUCGAUGUGAAAAAUCUUAAUGGAAAGCCAAGCUAUCCGACUGCAAAAUUGUGCAACAUACUUUUUACUCAAGAGUUGGCCAAGAGAUUAAACGAAUUUAACAUUAGCGUGUUUGCUCUUCAUCCUGGAAUGAUAGCUACUGACAUAAUCACUAGACAUCUUUCGCCUGUUGUCUACAGAGGUGUUGCGCCGUUAUCAAAAUUUUUAUUUAAAACUCCUGAAGAGGGUGCGCAAACAACAAUCUAUGUAGCCACUGAACCAGGUAUUGAGUACCUAACGGGAGGAUUUUUCUCAGAAUGUCAAUAUCAAGAACAUUACAAAACAGCUAGAGACCCAGAAUUAGCGCGACAGCUUUGGGAUGAAACCAUUAAAUUGUUAAAUUAUAAUGACUGA